AUGGGCUGGUGGUCGUCGGUAUUUGGCUCCAACACGUCAGCCGAUCCCCUCGAGAAGCUCGACCCCAAGCUCCGCGAGUUUCUCGAAAAAGAGUCGCCCGUCAAAUACUCGCCAACGCAGCCAUCGCCUCCUCCUGCCCCCCUGGCGCCGCGCACGGAUGACGCCAAGAUAGCGAGCCCCGUGGCCGGCCAGCCGCAAGUGCCCGCCGCCAGCCUGUUCCCAGACGGCCGCUACGCCCACCUGUGGAAGAACUACCGGCCUCUGUCGCAGGUCGAGGCGGAGUCUGCAACCGAUCAUGACAAGCUCGUCAACGUGCUCGAGGGGUACAAGGACCGCAAGGCGGCAAUUGGGCGCGCUGCGCUGGAGAAUUGUGCGCUGCAGCAGGAGGAAUGGGUCAACUGCAUGAAGCACGGCAGCUGGGAGGACCAAUUGCAGAUGUGCAGAUACCAAGUGCGCCGGUUCGAGAGGUGCUACGGGAUGCAGUCGCGAUUCCUCAGGGCCCUGGGCUUCGGCUCCGUCAUGGGCCGAUCCCUCGAGGUCGACGAGGACAUACAAAUGCACGCCGACUCGCUGUUCCAGCGAAUGCUCAAACACGAGGCGGCAGUGGAGCAGGCAAAAAAGGACGGGACGCCGAUUCCAGUCUUCGAGGUCGUCCUGCCCGGGGCAAAGGCAAGCGCGGCAACGCCAUCGGGGGAGCUGGCGAAGCGGUGGAAGGAGGACCUGGAGAAGCUGCCGGAGGACGAGCGCGCGGUCGAGGAGGCUGCACUGAGGGCCGACUUCGAGGCAAAGGCCGAGGUCGCGACGAACGUGAAGAAGAUAUGGAAGUCGCAAAAAGAAGAGAGGGAUGCGCGAAAGGCCGAGGGACAGGCCACAUUUUUCGACAGCAUAGCCGCGCUCUUUGGGCGUGGAGAAAAAUGA